GUAGACGAAUCCCGAAACCUAGUAUACUUCGUUGGUCUCCGCGAAACACCCUUAGAGCGGCAUCUCUACGUGGCUCCUAUCUGCCCCCCACGGCCACACCAGGUUGCCCUGCUUACCACCACUGGGCACUCGUGUACUGUUGAUAUUGAUCAAGAUUGUACAGUCGCUGUGAUAACAACAUCGAACAUAGGAAGCGUGCCCGUGACGCGCGUUUUUCGUUUGAUUCAUUCACCGCAGCCGCAGCUACUUGCGCACGGGACGCUUAUGGAACGCACACCUUCAGAAACUUCAGACACGCGUAGUUUCAAUGGUUCAUGGGACAGUCGGUCGACAGAUGAAGACUGUGUUGAGGCUACACUACUUGUAAGAGAACGCUCCCUCAGCGCUUUGGAAGUACCUCCACCACAAAUAUACUCCUGCAGGCUCUCGUGCGGAGCGCUAGCGUACUGCACGCUAUGGCGCUGCGCGAACGGGCCGUCCAGGGCCCCUACAGUGUUACAUGUUUAUGGGGGACCCGAAGUUCAGACUGUCACCAAUAGCUACAAGGGCAUCCGUCAACUGCGCAUGCACAUGCUAGCGGCUCGGGGCUUCAACGUAGUUGCAGUAGAUUCCCGUGGAUCUAAACACAGGGGCCGCGCUUGGGAGGCGGCUAUCAAGGGCAAGCUUGGACAAGUCGAGCUUGACGACCAGGUGGAGGUGUUACAGUGGCUGGCAAAGGAAACUGGUUGUAUAGACAUGGAGAGAGUCGCUAUACAUGGUUGGAGUUAUGGUGGCUACCUCUCACUGCUAGGCCUAGCGACAAGGCCGAAUAUCUUCAGAGUAUGCGUCGCAGGCGCACCCGUAACUUGUUGGCGGUUGUACGACACAGCGUACACUGAACGCUACAUGGGAUUGCCCCACCAUCAUCACCAUGCGUAUACGAGAGCUAGUGUAUUGGCCCACGCACCCUUUUUCCCCGACCAAGAAGGCCGGCUGCUAAUUAUCCACGGUCUGGCAGACGAGAAUGUGCAUUUCUGCCACACAGCCGCGCUGCUCGCCGAGCUUGUUCGCCUCGGCAAGCCGCAUCGAGUGCAGGUGUAUCCAGGCGAACGGCACUCACUACGGGCGAUGCAUGCAGCGAAACACUACGAAGCGACUCUACUACAUUUCUUACACGAAAAUUUGUAAAUAUUAUCUUAACGCAAUCCCAUCAAAGAUAUAACGAAAAGGUCAACAUUAUUACAGAUGCUGGUCGAAUUUAUUGACACCUGCUUCUUACAAUAUCAAAUUUAAAAUAUCUUUUGUUGAUUGGUAAGCAAAUUCAAAUUGGAAUCGUCAAAUUAAUCACUACUAUCGAUUUGAACUUUGUAUAUAGAUAUUUUUUUUACACUUAUAAUGAAAUAUUUUAUUUAGAGUAAGAGCGCCUUCAAAUUGAG